AUGGCCGCCAUCAUUGACGAGUAUCUCGACACCACCAUGGAGCAGGAAGAUGUGUUUCCAUGUAAGGGUUGCGGAGAGAUUCUCGAGGAAGGCAAAGCAUACGAGCUUGCCGGUAACCGAUGGCAUCUCGACUGUUUCCGCUGCAACACCUGCCACACGCUCCUCGACUCCGACGCAAACCUGCUCCUCCUCGGCGAUGGCUCGCUCAUUUGCAGCAACUGCACAUACAGUUGCAGUGCCUGUGGCAACAAGAUUGAGGAUCUGGCCAUUCUCACUGGUGACCAGGCUUUCUGUUCCACUUGCUUCCGCUGCCGCAACUGCAAACGCAAGAUUGAAAACCUGAGAUACGCAAGGACAUCGCUGGGAAUAUUCUGCAUGGGCUGCCACGAAACUAUCAUUGCUAAGAAGCGGAAGAAAUCGAAGGCUGCGGCAUCCGCUAAGAGUAGGGAGAAGGAAUCUCCCAUGAUCACCGAGAAGUCGCUCCCAGCGCUUCCCCCUAACGAAAUCCCCAAAGGCGCUUUCUCCAAUGACAAGGUCGAUCCUGAUUCCGAUACGCCGACGGAAAUUUCACCCAGACCGCGCCAAGGCCACCGAUCUACCACGUCCGCUUCACGAGAUAGCUCCCGACCCGCCAGAUCUCCCGAGCGUUCGGGGAAGACAGAUGGUCUAGGCCUUUCUGGAAACACCUAUCGAAGCAACAGGAGCUCUACGUUGACGGGCAGCGAUUCAACGGAGAAAGAUGACGGGUUCUUCAUUCCCGUGGCUCUAGAUCCUAGUCCGGCACCAACUCCAAAUUCGAUCAAUAACGAUGGUACAAAGAGGAAGGACUAUUUCAAUCUCCCCAAGUCGUCCUUUGCAGACAAGCGGAAUGACUCCCCAUCCUCGACACCCCACAUCGCCUUUCAGAACAAGGGUAGACAGCAGUCUACAGAUCGUGACUUAACAUCAGCUCAAACCCCGACAUCGAAGCUUUCCCAACCCUCGAGGUCAGACCAACACUCAUCUCCUCCGAGAGAAGAUAAACAACAGAGAGCUGCCGUACGAUCUCAAACCAACAUUGAUGAUAGCCAAGGCCAGACGCCCAAGGGCAGGAAGGCGGCUACUUCUUCCAGCAGCAGUUCUUCAUCAAUUCAUGACGGUGGCGUAGAAGUGAAAGCCAAUAACUCUACCUCACAAUCAGAAGUACGCAAGAAUGGGGAACCUGGCCUUCCGCCUUCACGAUUCUCCCAAGAUACGAGAAAGCCAGAGGCGGACGACAGGAGAGGGUCAGGAGACUCGAACCCGAAAUCCGGCAGCCGGCCUGAGACUGGGAAAGCAGCCACUCUAAGUUCAAUCCUUUUUUUCCAGUGCCUGGACUUGGCUCUUUUUACUGACUUGCAUGGUACAGCUGCACCAACUACAAAGGCUGGCCCGCAACGUAGAGAGUCAGGAAAUGAGGAUGUUCCUCCACCAAGAGUCCCCCCUCCACGGCUCAAAGCUGCCGACCAAAGCAGUUCUCGAACCGACUAUGCUAGCCCACGGGGUCCACCACCUUCGUUGGCUGGGAAGCCUGGUGCAGGCUCGAAAGAUGAACAGGGAUCACCUAAACCGUCUCCAAAGCUUCCUAGAUGGAGUAACGGCGGCGAUUUCACGAUGGACGAGGAUAUGGCCAGAAUACUCGGAACCGAUGAGCCUUCCUCCAACAUUUUGCGUCGGGCGUCCAAUGUCGCCAGACACGGCCGUACCAACAGUAUUGACUCGAACCAAACACCAACUCGAGGAAGUCACACUCGAAGCAUCAGUGAAACAACUCGGGGUACCGCCUCGCCCCAAUGGCCCAAAGCUCCUGUUCAUGAGGAACGGGGUUGGGCAUCACCCGAUUUGAUGAGCCCGGUGUCGGUCUCGUCGCCCGAUGAUACCACCAUUUUGAGACGCCAAUUGCGGACAUCCGAGCAACGCGUUGCUGAGCUUGAGAAGCAGUUCAAUACAGAAAAGGAUCUUCAGAAUCUUGACAGGAAACUACUUGAGAAGAGGAAGACAGUUUCCGUUUUAGACACUCAAACUGAGAUCAUGAUUCGACAGCUCGAGGUGCUCGCCGGCUAUGUUGAAAGGGCAAAGGACUCUAAAAAACCGAUCGACCCUCGUGAAUUAGAAGAUUCAGCUAUCAAGGACUUUGUGCAGAAGCUUGAGGAAGUCAAGAUGGUCCUGGCAGAAAGCAUCGAGCAACUCCACGAGGAGCGAGAUCGUUUGGUGGAAGAAAGAGAUCAGGCGUCAGCUGACAGGGACCAUGCUCUCAUGGAAUUUGAACAGCUUUCUUCGAAGAACGCCCAGUUGGCUGAGAUGAACAAUGAUAUGACGCACCAGCUGCAAGAAAAGUUCAGAAGCCAGGUGGCCGAUGGCAAGUCAAGCAACGGCCUAGGCAUCUAUGGCGAGAACAAGGCAGCAACCGCAUCCUCGAUCAAUCUCGAUAAUGCCAGCAUGACGACUGGACACACCCUGGUUGGUGAUGACGAUCAGAUUGUGGAGAACGGACCCAUAGCGGUACCAAUCCGUAAGGGCCAGGUUAAGAAGUUCAACUGGAAGAAAGGCUCAAAGGGAUUGGCCCAGAACGUCGCCAAGGGUGUUAGAGGUGCUGUGGUUGCAUUCCAAAACGACCGUGGUGAGCGUAUUCAACAAGUUGGGCCCGGGGCCAUGGGUCCAGGGGAUAUUGGUAUUCCCUACAACAAUACUAUGGCUCCUCCCGAGCCAUCAACUACGCCUGCGCCAAUGAUGCCGCAGCAGCAAGGCAGGCAACCGAAGCAUCCCCAACAAGGAUUCGGUUUCUUCAGCAAGAAGGCAUCCGCUGUUCCAAAGUCAGCCUCUGCCAACAGCAUGCCAGCGGCCGUUACACCCGAAGCUCCUUCGACGCUCUUUGGCUCCGACUUGUCUGAGCGAGCUGAUUGGGAGCGUCGUCAGAUACCCAGCGUGGUGACUCGCUGUAUCGAAGAAGUUGAGCUCCGAGGUGUGGACCAGGAGGGCAUCUAUCGAAAGACUGGAGGCAACUCCCAAGUCAACAUGAUCAAGGAUGGCUUCGAGAGGAGCGAGAAUUUUGAUAUUUCAGAUCCCGAUUGGGAUAUCACAGCCGUCACCAGUGUUUUGAAACAAUACUUUAGGAAGUUGCCAAUCCCGCUUCUUACUUUCGAAGUAUAUGACAGAAUUCUGGAAUCAACUUCAAUUGUUGACCCAUCGGAGCGCUGUGAACAUUUGCGCCGGACUAUUGCCUCCAUGCCUGAGAAACACCGCGACUGCCUUGAGUUUCUCAUGUUCCAUCUCGAUCGUGUUGCUCAACGCCAGUCUGAAAACUUGAUGACUCCCAAGAACUUGGCUGUUGUCUUCGCCCCCACAAUUAUGUUCGAUCGCAGUAUCGAGAGAGAAAUGACAGACAUGCACUCCAAGAACCUCGCAGUGCAGUUCAUCAUUGAGAAUAGCCGCAACAUCUUUGUUGAUUAG